AUGAAUGAUGAAGGAGACGAUAUCAUCAUUGAUUUAUCUCAAUACAAAGAUAAUAGUGUCAUUUUUCAACUUACACUUGUUCAACUUUCGGGAUCUGAAACUAAUUCUGUUAAAUUACAAUUCGAUUAUGAUUUGAAUGUUGAACUUUCAGUGGUUGAUUUUUCAAGAUAUUAUAUGAAAAAUGACCCAAUUUUUGUUCCUGCACCGAGUGCUGUUGAAGAAGAUGAUAGUAUAAUAACAAGUGUAGUACUUGAUAGUACAAAGAAUACUGAUGCUAAAUCUUUUAAAGAAAUUGCCAGAGCAGAAAUGGAUCAUGGAAAAGUUGUUCCUUAUAGAUUUCAUGGAUUAUGGAACCAAUUAUGA